AUGGACAAGGUCAGAAGUCUAGAAGCGGCAUCGAAAGAGCGGCCACGCUCUCGUAUCAUGGACCGCAAGCUCCUCCCAAGCGGUUUCUCCGUUUUCAACCCUGGCAGGGCUAGCGGGCGUCUCCGUGUCAAACCUCAGACUGCCUGCUUCUUUUCCCCGUCUCCAGAGAUUCCAUCGGCGACACAACAGCAGCGUCAGCAGCAGCAGCAGCAACAACAACAACAGUCGCAUACUGGACCCAGCGUGCAGGAGAUUGUGCGCUGGAUGGAAAAGGCCGAGUAUGCUGCAGCCAACACUGCCAGCAUAGCUGCGCCGCCUGUUUCCGAGCGGAAGUCUUCCUCUCAGUCGAGCGUCACUUGCAAGCCAGCCACUCCAACAACGGCGGCGGGUUCCCCUUGCGCCACCGUCACGCCCUCGAGAGCGCCGCUGGUUUCAGCAGCCGCUUCUGGUAGUGAUGGCGGGGAACAGCAGACGGAUACUUCUGCCACUUCCGAGUAUAAGCCGCUCGAAAUACUCGAAUACAGAGCUUACAUGAACAAUCGACCGCUGGGAAGGUGUCUCGACGAUUACACGGGUGGUGAUGAUCUUCUCUGCGAUGAUGCAAAAGGACCAUGUACCAAGUCAUCCGGCGUCAAUGAUCAAACCAACAUCAGCUGCAAUACAUCACGUACCUUUCAUCUAAUAGGGGAGCUCGAGAAGGCCGACGCCCUGUCGUUCAUCGGCACAAAGACGCACAUUGAGAAGCAGCACACGCCAUCAACACUCCAGAUCAGACGAGAGGCUAAUGUCCACGGUAGCGGCGGUUCCAGAGAUAACCGGCAUGCUCCAAAUGUUCCACGACGUUUGGACGAAAAACAUGGGGAUGAGAGGGGUAGUCUCGAAACCCCGACGCAGAGCAGAGCCGGCCACAGCCCAGAUGACAAAACAUGGCGACAACAGCACAAGCCCGAGCGGCCCUCCGAAUCCACGGCGAUUACAACCACAGCAACCCAAGUUCCGGCAGAGAACCAUCCUCCCCCUCCCUCGACACAGCCUCAGCCAUACCCGCAGCGCUGGCGAACCGUCUCCGAGUCCCGCGAGAUGGCAGAGUACGGCCGCCAGCGCAAGCUGGAUGAAGAGAGGGAGAAGAAGGCGGCUGCUGCUGCGCGGUGCAAGCAGUGCGGGAGCAGCAGCGGCGCGGUCGCGGCAGCAAGCCCCACCAGUCCCACAUGCCAGUUCUCGAGGACACCGCUGCGCCGGCACAAAUCAUCCAUCGCAUCCGCGAGGUCGGCCAAGUCGGUCCAAGAGAAGCUAAGCGAGCUCAAUGCAUAUCUCGGCGGGUUGGAAAGCGAGGGCGAAGAUGAUGAGAACAGAAUGUAG